AUGGCUCUAUUCCCACGCUUCGGAUCUGCAUUCGGCGGCCCUUACCGUCAAGAGAUGGGACCGUUCUUCAAGCUCUUCGACGACACCUUUUCCGAACUCCAAAAGAUGUCCGACACGGCCCAACGCACCUUCACCCCCAAAUUCGACGUCAAGGAGUCCAAGGACCGGUACACCUUGGAAGGUGAACUCCCCGGUAUCGACCAAAAGGACGUGACCAUCGAGUUCGCCGACGAAAACACCCUCACCAUCAGGGGCCGCACCGAGCACUACCGUGAAGAAGGCAGCAAGCCAUCCGCGGCCGAGGAACCUCAACAACAGCAACAACAGCCACAAGCCGGGUCUUCCAGCACAGAGGUCGCCACCACCGGAGGCAAGGACGUCGCCAAACAUCAACCACAACACACGUACUGGGUCACCGAACGUAGCGUGGGCGAGUUCGCCAGGAGCUUCGCCUUCCCUACCCGUGUCGACCACGACGGCGUCAAGGCCAGUCUGAAGAAUGGCAUCCUCAGCGUCACCGUCCCCAAGAUGCUCAAGACCAACACCUCCAGGAAGAUUGAAAUAAACAACGAGUAA